CCCUCGCGAGAUAAGACAAAUCUCACGUCCUCGGUCUUUCUCUUUAAUUCUCGCGGGAUUUCGCACUUCCUCCUCUUUCACUCCCUGUAGCCAACAUGGCAGUCGGCAAGAAUAAGAGGCUGACCAAAGGCGGCAAAAAAGGUGCCAAAAAGAAGAUUGUGGACCCCUUUUCCAAGAAGGACUGGUAUGAUGUCAAGGCACCAGCCAUGUUCAACAUCCGCAAUCUUGGCAAGACCUUGGUCACCAGGACUCAGGGAACCAGAAUCGCCUCUGAUGGCCUGAAGGGACGUGUGUUCGAGGUGAGCCUCGCUGACCUGCAGAACGACGAGGUGGCCUUCCGCAAAUUCAAGCUCAUCACCGAGGAUGUUCAGGGCAAGAAUUGCCUCACCAACUUCCACGGCAUGGACCUGACCCGCGACAAGAUGUGCUCCAUGGUCAAGAAAUGGCAGACCAUGAUUGAAGCCCACGUGGAUGUGAAGACCACCGACGGCUAUCUUCUUCGUCUGUUCUGCGUGGGUUUCACAAAGAAGCGCACCAACCAGAUCAGAAAGACCUCCUACGCCCAGCACCAGCAGGUCCGCCAGAUCCGUAAGAAGAUGAUGGAGAUCAUGACCCGUGAGGUUCAGACCAACGACCUGAAGGAAGUCGUCAACAAACUGAUCCCAGACAGUGUUGGCAAGGAUAUUGAGAAGGCCUGCCAGUCCAUCUACCCUCUACACGACGUCUACGUCCGCAAGGUCAAGAUGCUUAAGAAGCCCAAGUUUGAGUUGGGCAAACUGAUGGAGCUCCACGGUGAGGGCGGUGCCGGCAGCACUGCAAAGGCAACCGGUGACGACACAGGAGCCAAGGUGGAGAGGGCUGAUGGCUAUGAGCCCCCCAUCCAGGAGACAGUCUAAAACACCCUGACAGAUUUAAUAAAAAAUGUAAAAUGACCUA